CAGGAUCCAAGCCUGGCCAUCUUCUUUCCUGGUUGAUUUGUCCUUUUCAACCACCGAGGCCAUACGCCACCUACAGUUCCAUCUCGGACAUCUCUCCGAGAUCCCGAAGUUCCAGUCUUCGUUGUCGUGCAGCAGCAAUCGACGAGGGAUCCGGGUCGCUUCCUUCCAUUGUCCAUUUGUCCCACUGGACCCGUGAACACGACGGAACACCAUCAACACAACAAACUUAACUUUUAUUUAGGUUCGGUUUGGUCCAUAUUCUUCCAAAAUGGCGGCGGGCAGCGCACGCUACGUGCGCUACAUCCUCUUUGCCUUUUUUGUCAUUGCCGUUCUCUACUUCAUCUCUACUCCGACAUCCGUCGUGACCCCCUUAAAAGAUAACUUCGGCAAAUUCCAACAAUCCACCGGAAACUCGAAGCCUUCCACCGGAAGCACUACAGGAAGCACUGCCGGAAGCACCACCGGAGGCACCACCGACGCCGCCCACGAUGAGAAGACGCCCGUCAAGAGCAAUGGCGCCGACUACGAUCCUGCCCAGUACCCGUUGGCCAUGACUCCGAACGACCCGGGCUGGAACGAGUUGUCUGGCGUCAAGGGUGGCCCUCGCAUGAACGCGACCUUUGUUACCUUGGCUCGCAACGCCGAUGUUUGGGAAAUUGCAAAGUCGAUCCGUUCGGUCGAGGACCGCUUCAACCGCCGUUACAAUUACGACUGGGUCUUCCUUAACGAUAAGCCAUUCGACGACACCUUCAAGAAGGUUACCUCCUCCCUUGUCUCCGGCAAGACGUACUAUGGCGAGAUCCCGACCGAGCACUGGUCGUUCCCGCCGCACAUCGACCAGGAGAAGGCCAAGAAGGUUCGCGAGGACAUGAGACAGCGCAAGAUCAUCUACGGUGACAGCGUCAGCUACCGCCACAUGUGCCGUUUCGAGUCCGGCUUCUUCUUCCGCCAGCCCCUCAUGAUGAACUACGACUACUACUGGCGCGUCGAGCCGAGCGUCGAGUUCCACUGCGACAUCCACUACGAUCCUUUCCGCUUCAUGCACGAGAACAAGAAGAAAUACAGCUUCGUGCUCAGCCUUUACGAGUAUUUCGAGACUAUCCCGACCCUCUGGGACAGCGUUACCAAGUUCAUCAAGAACCACCCCGAGCACAUUGCCGAGGGCAACUCCAUGGCUUUCCUCAGUGACGAUGGCGGCAAGACCUACAACAAGUGUCACUUUUGGUCCAACUUCGAGAUUGGCAGCCUCAACUGGCUCCGCUCCAAGGCCUACACCGACUACUUUGAGUCUCUGGAUCAGGACGGUGGUUUCUUCUACGAGCGUUGGGGCGAUGCUCCGGUCCACUCCAUUGCCGCCGGCUUGAUGUUGAAGAAGGAGGAGAUUCACUUCUUCAACGACAUUGCCUACUACCACGUUCCGUUCACCCACUGCCCCACCGGAGAGCAGUUCCGUCUCGACCGCAAGUGCCACUGCAACCCCAAGGAUAACUUUGAUUGGAAGGGAUAUUCUUGCACUUCGAGAUACUACGAGCUCAAUGGUCUGCCGAAGCCGGAGGGCUGGCAAGAUCAGUCGGAUUAGAAUGAGGCGAGGAAGAGGCAGUUAUGAGGGAGGUGUGGGGAUUAAGGCUUUAUGAUGGGGAAACAGGUCCGCAAACAAAAACAAAAGCGGACAUCCACUAGAAUGUAUUAUCGUUAUAAUGACCUUUUCGUUCUUAUGGUGAUAUAACCCAAUAGCCUAGAAACAUGGGACGUAUAAAUGGGAAAGGUUAGGCAAAAACGAAGUUGUGUUUUCUCAAUGUUCUGAUGGGUAUGGGUCGAGAGGAGCGUCAAGGGAAGUAUGUAACAAUCCCUUAGGAGUAUGUCGCUACCACUGUGGGGAGUUGCUAGGCAUUAAAAACGAACUUGUCAGCAAAUCAUUUGGUCAGGUC